UUUCGCAACCAACAACAGAUCAGAGUAACAGUUGACCUGCAGACAAUGAGACGACUAUACGGUUACUGAGUGAUAUACUGUCGUGUGCUUUGUAAAUAUGGCAACAACGCCACAGAUCCAAAAAGAUUUUUUUAAAGAAGCUGAGAAAAGUGGCUAUGCAAAUACAAUUUCUCAGUUAUUAGGGAUAUAUUUCCUGGUGGUGUUAGCAAUUUCAACAGCAUGGGUUUUGGGAACUUUUCAAAUGGCAUUUUAUUGGACAUUUCUUCUUUCUGGGAUUAUCUUUGUUAUAUGGAGGACAAAGUUAAGACAAAUACUGAGAAAUAAAAUUUUUGCAGUCGAAUGUCUUAUCCAUAGGAAACGAGCACUGCGACAGAAUGAAUCAAGUGAAUGGUUAAAUUUCAUUUUGAAUAGAUGGUGGGUUUUUGCAUCCAAUAGUAUCCAAGAUAUUGUGAAGAAGCACAUUGAUGAACGUUUGGUUUCUGUCAAACCAGGAUUUAUUUCCCAGUUGCAGCUGUCUACUUUCACUUUUGGAGAGACCACUCCCACCAUCCAGCACAUCAAGGCCUUUGAGUUGACAGAUGGCCCUCCCUUUGGUCGACGCCCCAUUGCCUGGAGCUCCAUCUGGAGCCCACCCCAGGGGCUGGAGAACAUGUCCUCCUAUCAGGUGGUUCUGGAGCUUGAUAUGCAGUCUAACUUGGAGGAUUUCCUCAUGGUCUUUCUGGCCAAAGUUGGCAGUGGAAGGGCUGGGCUGAAUUUUGACGUUGCCGUGGAAGGCUUGUCCGUCACCGGGAAUCUGCAGCUGAUUUGUCAUAUGUCCAUGGAUGUCCCAUUCCCUCAUGUGUCCAAAGUCACGGUCUCAUUCACAGAAAAGCCAGAUGUUUGGUUUAACGUCAAAGUUUUGAAAUCAUUACAAAUUAUGGAGGUUCCAUUACUAAAAUCAUGGAUUCAAGCAAACAUUGAUGAUGGCAUCACUAAAGCAUUGGUGGACCCAGGAAAAAUUGAUAUUCCAAUUGUAAGAUAUGCUGGACCUUUGAAACAGAGGGUAGCAUCAAAGUCCAAACAAAAUAAGCUUGCACAAGGGGUUUUGACCAUUACUAUUAAAGGCAAGGCUUUCCAAAGUGAAGGAGACAAAAUCCUUGAUAAGAGUGCCGUGCUGUACACCAUGCUGCGGGUCGGGGACAGGAAGAGACAGACCCCUGAUCAUCUGUGUACAGAGGACUGGGCCGACACCAGCUCUUUCUUUGUCUACAACAUCACCAAGGACAAAUUAGUGAUCAAACAUAAGUGCAGACGCCUGCUCUCCAAUGUCACUCAGGACCAACAUAACCUUGAACUGUCCUCUUUCCCUCUUGAAGUCAAACCAGUAGCCACCACGACCUUAGAGAAUAAGGAUGGGAGUCAGGUGGAGGUCAAGAUGAGGUACACUAAGUUACCCCCUGUCUGUCUGGACCCAGGGGCAGAUACAGAGGCCGUGGACAACCCAGAAGUGGCUGGUGUGAUCUAUGUGUGUGUACAUAGUGCUACUAAAGUGAUUGCCUCUGACUAUGGAGGCCUCUCUGAUCCCUAUUGUGUGGUCUUCUCAGACAGAAGAAGGGUUUUGACAACACCCUACAUUAUGAAAACUUUGAACCCAGUAUGGGAGUCCACUGUUGAAUUCUUUGUACAAGAUUAUACCAAGUCGCCAUUAUCCUUCUAUGUGUAUGACUGGGAUGGGUCCAAUGUUAUUGAUGAUGAUUUUCUGGGAGCAGCUCAUUUUUGUUUCAAAGAGGACCAGCAUCUGAUGAUUAAGGAGAACUUGUUGCUUGGUCACCAUGACGCCUCCAAGGGCUUCGUUCAGAGUGCAGACUAUGGCUAUUUGACUGUGUCUGUCACGUUUAGACCAGUGUCAUCUGUCCGAAAAUCAGAGAAGUUGCGCAUUGCUAGUAUUGGGGGUGGACCAUCAGAGUAUCUGUACCAAGAAGAUCUUGUAUCACCCUCAACAAAGAUGAAUCCUCCAAAGUCACCAACUCGCCUCUCUGUGAGUGAACUCACUAGUGAUCUCGAGCAGAGUGGUGGUGGUUCCCGCGGUGACUCCGCCUUGAAUUCAGCAUCUGUCAAUGGCGGAAAUAUUGAAGAUAAGACAUUAGUGGACCUGACCAUUCUACAAGCAAAAGACCUGAUGUCUGCAGAUCGCAACGGACUGAGCGACCCCUAUUGUGUUGUUCUGAUGGGAAGUAAAAAGGUUUUUAAAACUGCUGUCAAGAAAAACACUUUGUUUCCAAAGUGGAACGAAAGUACAUCCUUCUUAGUUCAGGAGGACAGUCAUCUAAUGGAAAUUUUUGUGUAUGACAAAGACAUGAUUUCCAAAGACUUCCUGGGAAAAGUUAUCUUAACUCUGGAUAAAUUAAAAGAAAUUUCUCAUAAGGGCACAGCAGAAUGGAUUCCUCUACAGAGGGCAAAAUCUGGACAGAUCCAAAUCAAAUGCACCGUCACUUGUACCAGCUCUGAAGAACAAGGAAAGAAAUCUCGCUCUGUAAGACGGAAUAGUCAUCGGAGUUCUGUAAAGAACAAUGACGUCUUUUUGCCCGUGGUAGAUGCUGUUCAUGAAUCUGAGGAAGGUGAAAGGGAGCCCAACCCGCUACCCCCGGACAGUGUGAACGGAAACUCACCCAAAUCUUCAGACGAUGGACAGAUCUCCCCCAUAAAGGAGGAAACGCCUCUCAAUACCUCCAACAGAGAAAUGAUACCAGAAAAGGUUCAGCCAGUGACCUUGACCCCGCCAAUAAGCCAGCUCCCUCUGGUGUCUGAGGUCAGGUUAAGAAGGUCUGUCUCUGAUGUCAAUGUCAAUAGAAAGCCAGACAAACAGACCAAAAGCUAUGCAGGCCUGCCCCCAGCUGGAACUUUAAAACACACAAACUCAAGCAACUCCAUAUCAGCUCUUAACCAGGGAGACACAGAUUCAAUUGUUUUAAGUGAAAGUUCACCAGAAAUGGAUGAGAAGAGCUCGAGCAUCAUGGGUCAUGAGAAGCUGUACAGUGUCUCUGGUAAGAUCCUGGAAGUGAGCGGACUCAAGCAGAGCUCAGGAAACAUCUACAUCAAAGUCCGCCUAGAAAGCCACAGUGAAAGACACAGCUCUGGACCUAGGCUGAGAUUUCUUUUCCAUGGCCGUGUGAUCGCCAAGUCCUAUUUGUUUCCCAUCAGUGCCUCUGCACUCAAUCAGCCAUUUGAGGUUGAUCGCGGAGCUGGAGUCAGCAUAAAUACACACAUUGCCUUCGAUAUCAAGAGUGAAAACAAGGAUCACCUGGCCCACAAAUCAUUUAGCUUAAAGGAAUUAUUCUCAGAUUAUGUGGAGGGAGGUGUGGAGAAAUGGCUGCAACUUUCAGAUAAUGCCGAGAUUAAAGUUUUCCUGACACAGGGAAAACCAAACCCACAACUGCUGAAGAAGAAACAUAGGGGGAUCGGGAAAUCAAGCCCCUUUGGGAAAUAAGAAUUUAUUUCAUUAAGAAUAUGUACAUGUAGAAAAUUUAUGGUGUGCCUGCAAUAGAUACCCACUGUCAUAUGAUGUCUGCACUUUACUAAUUACCCAUAGUGCAAUUCGUAAAUUUUGUUUUCCUUUGUGUGUUCAUGGCCAACACAGCCUUUUAAACCUCCUUUGUUGCUAGUUCAAAAAAGUUCUAAUGUAAAAUGAUAGGAUUUAAUUUAAAUGUUGUCAUUGCACUGGUUUUUCUUUUUAUGUGGGAAGCACGCAUUUUCAAAAUUUAUAUAUUUAUAUUCAUAGAUUUAUAUAUUGCAUAAUAAUGUUUAGUCAUAUUAUCUUAUGGUAAUGAAGUCUGAUUUAGUGUUCAUAAUUUAAAGUUUUACAAGGAUUAUCUUUGAUAACAAGUUUUGUUUCAAUUUGUUGUUGUUGCAUUUUACCAUAUCGUAAUAAGUAUUGAUCAUUGUGCUCUUUACAAAUAUAUAAAAACUAAUUUAAUUUCAAAUGUUCCAUUGGUUACAGAAAUAGUUCUUGUGGAUGAAAAGUUAACUCCCUUUACUAGGUAGCUUCCUCAGACAUCAAGUUGCCACUUGUCAGUAGUGCUUUAAGUUUUGCAUAAUGCAGCUAUAUAGAUGUGGCUUAAAGACGGAAGCCUUGUUCAUAAGAUCUUUCAUAGGAUAAUUUCAUCUGAUGCAUUGUUAUCUGUGAUAUAUUUGAGAGUCUAUUUUUCUGAUAUGAAUUUUUCAUGUACAUGUAUUUACUUGAUGCAAAUAUUUUUGCACAUGUACUUAAUUUUUUUUCCACUGGAGAGACAGGUUUUGCAAUUAUACUGUUAAAAAUGCAAUGUGCACAUCUGCUGUUCAUUAAACUGCAUGACCAGAAAAUGCUCUUUUUUUGGGGGGGG